AUGGCUUCUCUUAUAGAAAUGAGUUUGGAAGAUAUUAUUCAAAAAAAGAAGAGAGAAAAUUUGAAGAAUAAAAAUAAGAUAAAAAAACAAUUGCCUUCUCAAACGAGAUUGCCUGUCCAGAAACAAAAAAUUAUCGACGCAAGGAAUAAAAUAAUAUCAAAAAAAAGGACUAAAAUUACAGAUGCUAGGGAAAAACUAGCAGAACUUGCUAAACAAAAGGAUGCUCGCCUAAAAUUACAGCAGUCACGAGAAAAAAGAAUGGCAAUGACCAGAGGGAUGAGACAAGGUAGACCGUUUCAAGGACAAGAAAUGUUUUCUAAAUCAAAUCAAAGAAGAGAUAGAGUUUUUGUUGACCCAUCGAGGCAGGUAAUAUCUCAACCUCUUUCUUUAAGUAAACUAUCAUCAUCAAGACUCCAAACUCAAAAUAAUAGCAAGAAAAGGUUUAUUGAUAAUAAUAAAGCUCUUGAAUCCCAUGCUAAAGUUAAUACAUUUAUAUUAAAACCUAUACUUCGCACUGUUAAAAAUGACAUUGAAAUUAUUGAUGACCCUAUGGAGGAAGAAUAUAUUCCCCGAAAAAACUCAUUGUCAUUGUCUAAUCGGAAAGCAAGUGUACAGUUAAAAAUAAUUGCGCAUAAUAAUGAUAUACCCAACAAUAAAAUUUCAGCUGUUCAAAGAAGCACAAAUAUAGAAAAAGAAUGGAGCCCGCCAAAACCAGCAUCUAUCCUUAAAAAGCGACCAAUGGCUGCUUUGCGAAAUGAUAAGAAAGAGGAAAAAUCUGAUAAACCGGCUCUAGAAUAUAGGAUAAUUGUCAGUAAUCUGCGUAACACUGUGACAGGAGGAGAUAUUGAAGAAUUGUUUGGUGAUGUGGGUGGAAUGUUGGAAUCUCGGUUAGUACGUCCUGGCACAGCUGAAGUAAUUUACAAAAGUUUAGAAGAUGCCCAGAGAGCUGUAGAUUUAUAUCACAAUCGUCAAUUAGAUGGUCAACCAAUGAAUUGCCUCCUUGUGACGCCAAGGUCAACAUCUGCAGUAACUCGGUCCAACACAAAACCUGCAUUAUAUAGCACUAAUUCGAAUGUAGAGCCAGAUAUAUCAACUUUCCAUAAAGUUUUGUUCAGUCACUUG